AUGGCAGUCAUAUUUGAGCGGUUUCUCAACACAACCGGAUUCUUCUUCUUCGCCCUCAUCCUCUUCUGCCUCAUCAUCCUCACACCAGCGGACGCCAUCUACCAAUGCUACGAGACGAAUCGAUUCACCAACGUGUUUUUCAUUGUCGGCGCAUAUGUGAUAACUUUUAUAAUUGCAGCCCUCAUCUAUGCCACACGCAUCUACACGAAUCGGAUUGCACUCACCGGCAUACCCAAAGCCUGGAUCCCCGUGGAAAAGGAAGAUGUGAACAAGAGCGUUAGGCGACUGGUGAAGGAAGGUCUCGUCCGCAGCGCCGUCAUCGCGUAUCAAGCCCGCCCGCGCGACAUCUCCACCGACGAAGACAACUUCCAAAAAUACAAACCGCUUCUCAUUGACCCCGAACGACCCCCAUGGGGCCAAGUCGAGCACCCCGGCUGGUCUUCGCCUGAUUCGCCAGACCUACCGAAUCUACCAUAUCGCACGGUCAUACAGGAGCUUCCCAGCUUGAUUGAAGCCAAAGCUGUAUCCCUUGCCCCUGUCGAUUCAUUGUCGCCUGCGCCCAUCUACCACUUCGAUCCGGUAGGCGACCUUACAACACAGUCUCUCCCGGAUACACGCGUGGUGGAAGUACUACAACGUCCUGCAUCAAUGGGUCUGAGAGAAUAUAUCCGCCAUCUGACGUCCCUCGGAGCUAUCUAUCCACCAGAACUCGGUGCGGAUUUCCUUGCGCUGUACGAACGAGCCCGGUUCUCGCCGCACGAACUACACGAGACGGAAUUCCGCGACCUGAUGCAUCUCUUCGCGGAGAUCCUGAGAGGGAUGACAUCCCUUGCGCCACCGAUCCUGGAUGAAAUUCGCGACAGCGCAAGCUACCGACGAGCCUAUAGCGAAUCUGGCAUCGGGCCCUCAGAUGAAGAGGGAGAAACAGACACAGUGGGGACUUAUGGUUACGACGGGGCUCUUGGAUCCAGGCGGAGUACCAACAGCCUUCGCCCAUCGAAUGCGUCUACCUGGGAGACCCAGUCCGGGUAUGACACUGCGCCCGCAAUUCAGAGCCCCGCCUCGGGACUGUCAACAGACAGUGGAUCCUACGCGACACGAAGCCCUUUUCGCACACCUUCUACGAGGUCUCUACGACGCGUGGCAUCGGGCCAUUCUGGUAGUUCGGGAGGGAGUGUCAUUCGCUUGACGCAGCCACGAGAUCCGACAGAUUUGCCGUAUACAAUUGACUACGCUGGACGUAGGCAGUGA